UGCAGGAUGAGAAGAUGGCCGCGCGGCUGCUCGCACCACCAGGCCCUGACAGUUUCAAGCCUUUCACCCCCGAGUCGCUGGCAAACAUCGAGAGGCGCAUUGCGGAGAGCAAGCUCAAGAAACCACCAAAGGCGGACGGCAGUCACAGGGAGGACGAUGAAGACAGCAAACCCAAGCCAAACAGUGACCUGGAGGCAGGGAAGAGUUUGCCUUUCAUCUACGGGGACAUCCCGCAAGGCCUGGUUGCUGUUCCCCUGGAGGACUUUGACCCAUACUAUCUGACGCAGAAAACCUUUGUAGUAUUAAACAGAGGGAAAACUCUCUUCAGAUUCAGUGCCACGCCCGCCUUGUACAUUCUCAGUCCUUUUAACCUCAUACGAAGAAUAGCUAUUAAAAUUUUGAUACAUUCAGUGUUCAGCAUGAUCAUCAUGUGCACGAUCCUGACCAACUGUGUGUUCAUGACCUUCAGCAACCCCCCGGACUGGUCCAAGAAUGUGGAGUACACAUUCACAGGGAUUUACACAUUUGAAUCACUAGUGAAAAUCAUCGCAAGAGGUUUCUGCAUAGACGGCUUCACCUUCUUACGAGACCCGUGGAACUGGCUAGACUUCAGUGUCAUCAUGAUGGCAUAUGUGACAGAGUUUGUGGACCUGGGCAAUGUCUCAGCGCUGAGAACGUUCAGGGUUCUCCGAGCUUUGAAAACUAUCUCUGUGAUUCCAGGGCUGAAGACAAUCGUGGGCGCCCUCAUCCAGUCCGUGAAGAAGCUGUCGGACGUGAUGAUCCUGACUGUGUUCUGCCUGAGUGUUUUCGCCCUGAUCGGCCUGCAGCUGUUCAUGGGGAACCUCCGGAACAAGUGUGUGGUGUGGCCCAUCAACUUCAACGAGAGCUAUCUCGAGAACGGCACCAGAGGCUUCGAUUGGGAAGAGUACAUCAACAACCAAACGAACUUUUACACGGUUCCGGGCAUGCUGGAGCCCUUGCUCUGUGGGAACAGCUCCGAUGCUGGGCAAUGCCCAGAGGGGUACCAGUGUAUGAAAGCAGGAAGGAACCCCAACUACGGCUACACGAGCUUCGACACCUUCAGCUGGGCCUUCCUGGCUCUGUUUCGCCUUAUGACCCAGGACUACUGGGAGAACCUAUACCAGCUGACCUUACGAGCAGCUGGGAAAACAUACAUGAUCUUCUUUGUCUUGGUCAUCUUCGUGGGUUCUUUCUAUUUGGUGAACUUGAUCUUGGCUGUGGUGGCCAUGGCUUACGAAGAGCAGAACCAGGCAACGCUGGAAGAGGCAGAGCAGAAAGAAGCCGAGUUCAAAGCUAUGCUGGAGCAGCUCAAGAAGCAACAGGAAGAGGCGCAGGCUGCAGCCAUGGCCACCUCAGCAGGCACUGUCUCUGAAGAUGCCAUUGAAGAAGAGGGGGAAGAUGGCGUCGGCUCUCCACGGAGCUCAUCUGAACUUUCGAAGCUCAGUUCCAAGAGCGCGAAGGAACGGCGGAACCGCCGGAAGAAGAGGAAGCAGAAGGAACUGUCUGAAGGGGAGGAGAAAGGAGACCCUGAGAAGGUGUUUAAGUCAGAGUCGGAAGAUGGGAUGAGAAGGAAGGGCUUCCGGCUGCCAGACAACCGGAUAGGGAGGAAAUUUUCCAUCAUGAAUCAGUCGCUGCUCAGCAUCCCCGGCUCGCCCUUCCUCUCCCGGCACAACAGCAAAAGCAGCAUCUUCAGCUUCCGGGGCCCGGGCCGGUUCCGGGACCCCGGCUCGGAGAACGAGUUCGCGGACGACGAGCACAGCACGGUGGAGGAGAGCGAGGGCCGGCGCGACUCGCUGUUCCUGCCCAUCCGGGCGCGCGAGCGGCGCAGCAGCUACAGCGGCUACAGCGGCUACAGCCAGUGCAGCCGCUCGUCGCGCCUCUUCCCCAGCCUGCGGCGCAGCGUCAAGCGCAACAGCACGGUGGACUGCAACGGCGUGGUGUCGCUCCUCGGGCCCGGCUCGCACGUCGGGCGGCUCCUGCCUGAGGGAACAACGGAGGUGGAGAUUAAGAAGAAAGGCCCCGGGUCUCUCUUGGUCUCCAUGGAGCAGCUGGCCUCGUAUGGACGGAAGGACAGAAUCAACAGCAUAAUGAGUGUUGUCACAAACACACUGGUGGAAGAGCUGGAGGAAUCCCAGAGGAAGUGCCCGCCGUGCUGGUACAAGUUUGCCAACACCUUCCUCAUCUGGGAGUGUCACCCGUACUGGAUAAAGCUGAAGGAGAUCGUGAACCUGAUCGUCAUGGACCCGUUCGUGGACCUGGCCAUCACCAUCUGCAUCGUCCUCAACACGCUGUUCAUGGCGAUGGAGCACCACCCUAUGACGCCACAAUUCGAGCAUGUCCUGGCUGUCGGAAACCUGGUGUUCACCGGGAUCUUCACGGCGGAGAUGUUUCUGAAGCUCAUAGCCAUGGACCCCUACUACUAUUUCCAAGAAGGCUGGAACAUUUUUGACGGAUUUAUCGUGUCGCUCAGCUUGAUGGAGCUGGGUCUCGCGGACGUGGAGGGGCUGUCCGUGCUGCGGUCUUUCCGACUGCUCCGAGUCUUCAAGCUGGCCAAGUCCUGGCCCACGCUGAACAUGCUGAUCAAGAUCAUCGGGAAUUCCGUGGGCGCGCUGGGCAACCUGACCCUGGUGCUGGCCAUCAUCGUCUUCAUCUUCGCCGUGGUGGGCAUGCAGCUGUUCGGCAAGAGCUACAAGGAGUGUGUGUGUAAGAUCAACCAGGAAUGCCAGCUGCCGCGCUGGCACAUGCACGACUUCUUCCACUCGUUCCUCAUCGUCUUCCGGGUGCUGUGCGGGGAGUGGAUCGAGACCAUGUGGGAUUGCAUGGAGGUGGCCGGCCAGGCCAUGUGCCUCAUCGUCUUCAUGAUGGUCAUGGUCAUCGGCAACCUGGUGGUGCUGAACCUCUUCCUGGCCCUGCUGCUGAGCUCCUUCAGCGCGGACAACCUGGCGGCCACGGACGACGACGGCGAAAUGAACAACCUGCAGAUCUCGGUGAUCCGGAUCAAGAAGGGCGUGGCCUGGACCAAGGUGAAGGUGCGCGCCUUCAUGCAGGCGCACUUCAAGCAGCGCGAGGCGGAGGAGGUGAAGCCGCUGGACGAGCUGGACGAGAAGAAGGCCAACUGCAUCGCCAACCACACCGGCGUGGACAUCCACCGCAACGGCGACUUCCAGAAGAACGGCAAUGGGACGACCAGCGGCAUCGGCAGCAGCGUGGAGAAGUACAUCAUCGACGAGGACCACAUGUCCUUCAUCAACAACCCGAACCUCACGGUCCGCGUGCCCAUUGCCGUGGGCGAGUCCGACUUCGAGAACCUCAACACCGAGGACGUCAGCAGCGAGUCGGACCCCGAGGGCAGCAAAGACAAACUGGAUGACACCAGCUCCUCUGAAGGAAGCACCAUAGACAUCAAGCCCGAGGUGGAGGAGGUCCCCGUGGAGCAGCCCGAGGAGUACCUGGAUCCCGACGCCUGCUUCACGGAGGGCUGUGUCCAGAGGUUCAAGUGCUGCCAGGUGAACAUUGAGGAGGGGCUGGGCAAGUCCUGGUGGAUCCUGCGGAAGACCUGCUUCCUCAUUGUGGAGCACAACUGGUUCGAGACCUUCAUCAUCUUCAUGAUCCUGCUCAGCAGCGGCGCCCUGGCCUUCGAGGACAUCUACAUCGAGCAGAGGAAGACCAUCCGCACCAUCCUGGAGUACGCGGACAAGGUCUUCACCUACAUCUUCAUCCUGGAGAUGCUGCUCAAAUGGACGGCCUACGGCUUCGUCAAGUUCUUCACCAACGCCUGGUGCUGGCUGGACUUCCUCAUCGUGGCUGUCUCUUUAGUCAGCCUUAUAGCUAAUGCCCUGGGCUACUCGGAACUAGGUGCCAUAAAGUCCCUUAGGACCCUAAGAGCUUUGAGACCCUUAAGAGCCUUAUCACGAUUUGAAGGGAUGAGGGUGGUGGUGAAUGCCUUGGUGGGUGCCAUCCCGUCCAUCAUGAACGUCCUGCUGGUGUGUCUCAUCUUCUGGCUGAUUUUCAGCAUCAUGGGUGUCAACCUGUUCGCGGGGAAAUACCACUACUGCUUCAACGAGACUUCCGAGAUCCGGUUCGAUAUCGAGAUCGUCAACAAUAAAACGGACUGUGAGAAGCUCAUGGAGGGCAACAACACAGAGAUCAGGUGGAAGAACGUGAAGAUCAACUUCGACAACGUGGGAGCGGGCUACCUGGCCCUUCUGCAAGUGGCGACCUUCAAAGGCUGGAUGGAUAUCAUGUACGCAGCCGUAGAUUCCCGAAAGCCCGACGAGCAGCCCAAGUACGAGGACAACAUCUACAUGUACAUCUACUUCGUCAUCUUCAUCAUCUUCGGCUCCUUCUUCACCCUCAACCUGUUCAUCGGCGUCAUCAUUGACAACUUCAACCAACAGAAGAAAAAGUUCGGAGGUCAGGACAUCUUCAUGACAGAGGAACAGAAGAAGUACUACAAUGCCAUGAAGAAGCUGGGCUCCAAGAAACCCCAGAAGCCCAUCCCCCGCCCUGUGAACAAAAUCCAGGGGAUCGUGUUUGACUUCGUCACUCAGCAAGCCUUUGACAUCGUGAUCAUGAUGCUCAUCUGCCUUAACAUGGUGACGAUGAUGGUGGAGACCGACACCCAGAGCAAGCAGAUGGAGAACAUCCUCUACUGGAUCAACCUGGUCUUCGUCAUCUUCUUCACCUGCGAGUGCGUGCUCAAAAUGUUUGCCUUGAGACACUACUACUUCACCAUCGGCUGGAACAUCUUUGACUUCGUGGUGGUCAUCCUCUCCAUUGUGGGGAUGUUCCUGGCUGAUAUCAUUGAGAAGUACUUCGUCUCCCCCACCCUGUUCCGAGUCAUCCGCCUGGCCCGCAUCGGGCGCAUUCUGCGUCUGAUCAAGGGAGCCAAAGGGAUCCGCACCCUGCUCUUUGCCUUAAUGAUGUCGUUGCCUGCCCUCUUCAACAUCGGCCUCCUGCUCUUCCUGGUCAUGUUCAUCUUCUCCAUCUUUGGGAUGUCCAACUUCGCCUAUGUGAAGCACGAGGCUGGCAUCGACGACAUGUUCAACUUCGAGACAUUCGGCAACAGCAUGAUCUGCCUGUUCCAGAUCACCACCUCCGCCGGUUGGGACGGCCUGCUGCUGCCCAUCCUGAACCGGCCCCCCGACUGCAGCCUGGACAAGGAGCACCCAGGCAGCGGCUUCAAAGGGGACUGCGGGAACCCCUCGGUGGGCAUCUUCUUCUUCGUCAGCUACAUCAUCAUCUCCUUCCUGAUCGUGGUCAACAUGUACAUCGCCAUCAUCCUGGAGAACUUCAGUGUGGCCACGGAGGAGAGCGCUGACCCCCUGAGCGAGGACGACUUCGAGACAUUCUACGAGAUCUGGGAGAAGUUCGACCCCGACGCCACCCAGUUCAUCGAGUACUGCAAGCUGGCGGACUUCGCCGACGCCCUGGAGCACCCGCUCCGAGUGCCCAAGCCCAACACCAUCGAGCUCAUCGCCAUGGACCUGCCCAUGGUGAGCGGGGACCGGAUCCACUGCCUGGACAUCCUCUUUGCCUUCACCAAGCGCGUCCUGGGGGACAGCGGGGAGCUGGACAUACUGAGGCAGCAGAUGGAAGAGCGGUUCGUGGCAUCCAACCCUUCCAAAGUGUCCUACGAGCCCAUCACCACCACGCUGCGACGCAAGCAGGAGGAGGUGUCGGCCGUGGUCCUGCAGCGCGCCUACCGGGGACAUUUGGCGAGGAGGGGCUUCAUCUGCAGGAAGAUCACCUCCAACAAGCUGGAGAACGGGGGCACGCACCGGGAGAAAAAGGAGAGCACCCCGUCCACAGCCUCCCUGCCCUCUUACGACAGCGUGACAAAGCCCGACAAGGAGAAGCAGCAGCGGGCGGAGGAAGGAAGGAGAGAGAGAGCCAAGAGGCAAAAAGAGGUCCGGGAGUCCAAGUGUUAGGGAACAGCGUGAGGGGAAGCUUGCACAGCUUGACACUGGUAAGUGGGAGCUUGCCUGCGAACUUCCGGAUCUCUCGGAUGCAGAGCAGCUGUGCUGGACGCCCCGAACCAAACCUAGCUUACGUGCAACGCGGUUGCAGCUUGAGCAGUGACCUGCUGAGGGCUGAGGACCCUGCUCCCUGGACUCACAGAUUUUCUGUCGCUUGGGCAGACGGUUACUGCAUGUUCCACAGUCAAUGCAACUUAGGACUACACUGACAGGACACAAAGCAGAGGCGGCUGCGGGACCCGAGGGCUGCCGCUGCAGCCAGACGGAGUUUAUUUUUUUCAUCCUGUUGAUUCUCAGAAGCAGAAAGCAGCACUUUACGAAGCUUGUUUGUUCACGCAAACAGGCAUUUGCAUUCUUCCAUUAGUUAAGCUAAGCAGCAAAAAGAAACACACAGACACACACAGACACACACAUUCAACCUAUGUCACUAAUGUCUGUUUCUUUGACAGAAACAGUGUCUUCUCCACAUGGGCGUCACGUGGUUUGGAGAUGGGUGGGGGAAACAUCCAGGUUUCUUUCAGGCUGAGGACGACUUGCUCAGGCCAAUUCCAAAUAUUGUGCUCGCUCAACGCGUAGAAAUGACUUGCAUGAUGGCAUGCCGUGAUCAGAAGUCGUGCAUGAGACCCAUACGUCACAAGACACUUGAACCCAUCCCCUGCGCCCGGGGCAGCCUCUGCACAGGGCCCAGCCCUCCGUUCACUGGAUUUGGAGAAAUGGUAAGAGCUCCAUGCCGGCUGCGGCCCUUCUCUCACACACCUCUGGGUAGGGAAACAUAAUUAAUUGACCACCGCCAACGAAAACAAGCCAACCCAACAAGCAGAUGGAUCCGCUGUGUGACACGCUCAACCGACGUCUCUAACAUGCAGCUGUCUUUGCGCAGUUCGCAAGGUAAACUAGUGCUGCCCUGUCAGUACAUGGGGAGACUUCGGGCCCCGAAUGGCUUGUACUAUUAAUGUCACUGUAAAACCAAAUCCUAGGGCUAAAAAAAAAAAAUAGAAAAAAGAGUUCAUUUGUAUCUUGCAAUAUUAUGGCGAUUGUUUAGCCUUCACGCUGGAGAACUGACUCUUGGGGUAGGGAUGAAAGUGCUGUUGACAAUAGCCUGUUGCCUCCAGGAGGCCUUCAGGGGGACGUACAGAAACCUUUCUUUCGGGGUCACGGGGUGCUUCCUUCCUUCAGCGUCAUGUCUAUCUGCAUUACGGCUUCUCUCCAGGCUCAGGUCGAUGCGGAAAGGGCUUCAGAUGUUCUGAACCACCCUCUCCGGCAGAGGGCUUCUGUGAGCUCCACCUGCGUGGUUCUUCCUGCCUCCAUCACGUUCCUCCAGCCACGGGGCUUCCCUUCCCAGCCACCCAGGGCUGGGUGAGGGCAGCCGUGUUGGCUGGGGUAGGGCUGUGGGCUCUGCCAUUGCAGUUAGAGUGACGGUCACUGGCAGCCGCUGAGCUAGUGCCGCUGCUUCCGGAGUGAGGCCGGCGGCCUUGUCUCCACGCUGACGUCGGUAAGAAAGGGUCUCCAUGGCAAUUCUUUAGGGUGUUGCUUCCCAUGGCGUUUCCACCCAGCCCACCUUGCUUUCUGCUUCGUGGCCUGCCUGCUUACGAUGGGGAAUGGCUUCCAUUCCAUCUCCUGCUUACGGAACAUAGUUCUGAGUCCAGGGCCUGUUGCCUGGCCACAAGGUUUCAAAGCCAAGAUGCUGCAUUUGAAUGUCAGAAAGUCUCUCUGAACCAAAUCAACACAGCCCAGCACUAGACACGGGGGAUGCCCCAGUCGGCCUCGCCGUAGAAGCACUUUGGAUGUAAUCUCACAGUCCACUUGACUAGUUUUGCGUAGAACCACAGCCAGCCAGUGAGCAGAGCUUCCUAUCGCGUUGGACCGGAAGACACUGUCCAGCUCUCCUGAGCACGCUGACCAGCUCAGGGGCUGUGCCAGUGCGCCUGCUGCUAGGACAGAGGUAGAGAGGGUGACGCCAUAAACAGCACCAAACAGGAGCUGACGUGUGGUUAACCUUUCUAAGAGAUUAUAAAUACUGUAAUAUAUGAUUUUAUUUUAUUGGCAUGCCUUUUUGUAAAUACAAAUUACUAACUUAUUAAAUAGGAGAUGGCUUCUGCCUUAUGCCAUUGUCACGUUUAUUUUUAUUUUUUAUACUUUCCUUUCUUCUUAGAACUUAGAUGCUGUCAGCCAAUGUACACCCCCAACCAGACAGACAAACAACAACAAAAAAAAUUUUUUAUUGCUAAUGGUCUUUUCCAAAACAACAAAAAAAUAUAUAUUUUUGUUCCAAUGUGCAAUAAAUUCUAACCACUUCUAUGCAAGAUUUGGCUAAACUUAAUCAUUGUUCUUAGAUCUGAGACGGGCAACAGCUAUUUGAUCCUGCUAGGAACACCAAGCUCCAUGCUCACUCGCAAUGUCCUCACACUUUGAGAGCUGGCCCUCCUCCCCAGCUCGCCACCCAGCCCAGCAGGCUGUGGCCUCAGUUUCUCACCCCCUCCAACAGCUUCGCAGGAAGGAAAGCACCUCCAUGCUCUAACCUUUACUCUGAUUAGACUCUCCCACCGUGGCCCUCCCCCCUGGACCCCUCCGUGCCCUCUUUGCUCGUUCACCAUCCUGCUCCACACUCAUGAACCACCAUCACCAGCAGUCCACACCCACAGUUAUCAGGCUUUGAACCUAAAGAGUCAGCUAUGGCAGUUUUUGGUUGGUUUUGUUUUGUUUUGCAUCCUCACCGAGUGAGCAAGUGGGCAAUGCUUUGCCAAAUCUUCACCAACCCACCGGGGAGCGGCAGCAGCCAGCACCGCUACACACAUAUAUAUAUAUAUAGAUAUAUAAAUACAAAUAUUUAUUUUUUGUAGCCAGGUCCUUGGUGCAGUAUUUAUAUUCCACAAUCCUUUAAAAAAAACAAAAAACAAAAAAAAACAAAAAGGACAGAAGGCAAAAAGUCACAUGAUGCUGUUGAUUUAAAAGGCAGAGCCGAAGCCCCUGAGCAGUAGGUGCCGACUGCUGGUGUGUGAAAACACUUCCCCUUCCUUCCCCUCUUCCUUCCCCCCUUCCUUGACUUCGCUGAGGCUCUGGGUGAGGAGACUGGGAAUCCUAGAGCAAAGGCUGAGAGGAGGGGACACCUCCCUAGUCCACCCGGCUCUCACGUGGGCAUCUGAAGCUGUGGGCAGAGAGACAAGCCCCCUGGAGCUACAGUGCCCAGAGGGCUUCUUCCGUUCUAUCACCACAACCGACGUGAACUGUAAAAGACCAAUAGUGUAUUAGUGAGUGAAUGGAGGCCAACGCUGCCCUAAAUGAGAAAAAAAAACAAACAAAAAGGUAAAUUACUAUAAGCCAAAAAGGAAACAAAAUAAAAGUGACCCUUCUUACCACACGAGGGAAGCCUGUCUUGGUGUGUGUCUGUCGUUUGACCUGCCCGAUUCUUGAGUUCUGGAAGGGGUCUGGGAACUGGGACCCUGGAGCAAUUGGGAAAAGGAGAAGGGGAGCCAGAACCUCCCACUUCCGGCUAAGUAGAGACUGCAGAGAAAAGCCAGGCCCUGCCCCAGGCCCCUGCUUGCCAACUGCAUGUGGCAUUACAUCCCCUCCUCACUGGGCCCACCCGGUGGAGCCCCCCGAGACGUCUUCAACCAACCCAGCUGGUCUGGCCUCACUUCUGCCUUGUUCACGGAUAGGACUUAAGGAAAAAGCUAUCCCCCAUCUCCCAAAGCUAGUGCAAGCACGCUGCCCGGCAGCUUCCGCUCCACUAGCCAGUGCUGGGCCCUGCCCUCCAUCCACUCCCAUAAUCGGACCGGCAGACGGGGCUGUCCCCUUCACACGCGUGCAGGGAGGGGCGCCCCUCGGGACAUCCCUCUCCAGGCCGUGUCUCCUGGUCUAGGAACACUCAGGAGGAUCUUGAAGUGCCCACUCUAGUAACUGAGCUGGAGAGAGACGGUGGUAGGUCAGUCCCGUCCUGCCCCUCGACCCAGCCUCCGGCGGAGGUGAAGGUGCCGUGGGCCAGGGCGCGGUGGCUUGAGUCCUGGCAUCUUCUGGAACGAUGCCUCUUUCUGUUCUCAGAUGUUGCCCAAAGUUUUGCAAAAAGCUUCGUUCAUUUUCAGGUAC